CACCGCCCUCAUGUGCACCGUCCUUUGCACCAACAACGAUAGCCAUUCCUGCUCUUGUGCGAUUCCUCCCGUUCCUGCCCGUUCCUCGCUCCGACCCUAAUACUCGAGCCCUCGUUGUGCGCGUGACGCGCACCAUAUGGAAGCGAUGGAAGGAAGCAAUCGUGCUUCGGGGGUAGUGGCGGGCCCGGAGACCGAGGAGAGGCAAAAAUCCAACGGGCUCGGGACAAGAAUGGAGGAAAUGGGCGGUUCAGCCACCCCAAACGGCUCCAGAACCGAUACACGGGCGUCCAGCAUGUCGCCUGACGACGCAAAACCAAGUGCCGACAGCAUAUCGACCCCGGAGAACGGCACAGCACCAAAGCUGUCAAGGAAGUCCUCGCAGAAGAUGGCCAGGAGUCCUCCGCCACUGUUCGACCAUCUUCCGGAUGCCACCGAGGAGGCGUGCAGUACAUUUCAGGUCAUAAACGAUUGUCUCUAUGGCUCUAGGAACAUGGGGUCGUCGGAUCACGACGCGCUGGAUUGCGACUGUGCUGAAGACUGGCACGACGGCCAGAAUCACGCCUGCGGUGAAGACUCGGACUGCAUCAAUCGGGCGACCAAAAUCGAGUGCGUGAGUGGCGAUUGCAAUUGCGGGGAGGGUUGCCAGAACCAGCGGUUCCAGCGCAAGCAGUAUGCCAAGGUCUCGGUCAUCAAGACGGAGAAAAAAGGCUUCGGCCUGCGAGCGGAUACGGAUCUCCAGGCCAACGACUUCGUCUACGAGUACGUCGGUGAGGUCAUCAACGAGCCAACGUUCCGCAGCCGGAUGGUCAAAUACGACAGGGAGGGCAUCAAGCACUUCUACUUCAUGUCGCUAACCAAGAACGAGUUCGUCGACGCCACCAAGAAGGGGAACCUGGGCAGGUUUUGCAACCAUUCGUGUAAUCCCAAUUGCUAUGUGGACAAGUGGGUGGUGGGCGAAAAGCUGCGCAUGGGCAUCUUUGCCGGCCGCGCGAUCCGGGCGGGCGAGGAGUUGGUCUUCAACUACAACGUCGACCGGUACGGCGCCGAUCCGCAACCCUGCUACUGCGGCGAGCCGAACUGUGUGGGCUUCAUCGGCGGUAAGACGCAGACAGAGCGCGCGACCAAAUUGCCGCUCGCGACCAUCGAGGCGCUCGGCAUCGACGAUGGCGACAGCUGGGACACGACGGUUGCCAAGAAGCCCCGCAAGAAGAAGGCCCAUGAGGGGGAUGAGGAGUACGUCAACAGCCUCCAGCCCCGCGCCCUGGACGAGGACGGCGUCACCAAGGUCAUGGCCGCCCUCAUGCAAUGCAAGGAGAAAUGGAUUGCCGUCAAGCUUCUCUCGCGCCUUCAGGCCACCGAGGAUGAUCAUCUCCGCCAUAGAGUGGUGAGGAUGCACGGGUACCAGAUCCUGAAGAGCACGCUCAACACGUUCAAAGACGACAUGAACGUUGUGCUGCAAAUCCUCGACAUCCUCUACCAGCUUCCCCGGAUCACGAAAAACAAAAUCUCGGAUUCCAAGAUCGAGGGAGCGGUGCAGCCUCUCGUCUCGGCUCCACACGAAGAGGUUGCCCUCGCUGCGAAGCGGCUACUGGACGAAUGGAGCAAGCUGGAGACGGCCUACCGGAUCCCGCGCAAAAAGCACGACCAUGCUGGCCCAGUUGUCAUCAGCUCGUUCGAGGAAGAGCGUCGCAACAAGGAUCGCGAUGAGCCGGCUAAGCCUGUCGACCCCUUAGCCAACGUUGUGAUUCCAACUGGACCCCGCAGCAGCAUCCCGCAGCGCAACGCCAAUUAUUUCACCGGGCAACGGCCCCGGAAACCGCCCACCAACCUGCCGGCUGGCUGGUUUGUCACCACGGACAAGACUGGCCGCUACUACUUCUACGACGUCAACGGCAAGACACAGUGGCAGCGACCUCUCACCCCUGCGAUUGAGAUUCCGAAGGCGUCCGCCAAGGCGCAGCAAGACCAAAAGACUUUGCAAAACAUCAUCGAUAGCUUGACCAAGGAGCCGACGCCACGGCACUCGACGGGUCAUACACCACAACGGUCUACCACGCCGGCGACCGAGCCCAAGAAGGAGAAGUGGCGUUCUCUGCCCAUCGAGAAACAGAUGAAGAUAUACGAAAACACGCUCUUUCCACACGUCAAGCACGUGGUGGACAAGUUCCAUGGCAAGCUGCCGAAGGAGGAGCUGAAGAAGUUUGCCCGGGAGGUCAACAAGAAGCUUGUCGCCUCGGACUACAAGAACAACCGGGUCGAGGACCCGACAUCCGUCACACCCAAGGUGGCGAAGAAGGUCCGGAAGUAUACCUACGACUUCUUCGAGCGCGCCGCCGUCAAGUAUGCCGAGUACGAGAAGAAGAAGAAGGAGGCUCGGAGCACCGGCCAGCCAGUAGCGGGGACGUCAUCACAUCCGGGCGACGCGGACAGCUCCGUUGCCACCCCUGCCAAGGACGACACAGCUGCGUCUGACGCCGAAGGCGACGCUCCCAGCCCAGGCAGCUCGGCGGGGCGCAAGCGCAAACGGGAAGAUGACGACGACGGGGACCAGGCUGAGUCGCCCGAGGCCCCGCCAUCCGAGACACAAUCCGUGAAGCGCGCCAAGGAGGACGAGGCCGGUGCCGAUGUCGAAACCCCGACCGCUAUCCCGAGCCCGCCCACACCACCUCCCCCGCCAAUGGAAACCCCACUGACCGAAGAGGAGCGGUCGAUGCGCGAGCAGGAGGAAGCCCUGAUGCGCGAGAACGAAGAGGCUCAGCGGCUGGAGGACGAGGCGGCACAGGCCGCAGAGUACGGUAAACAACAGCGUGGCAGCGCGAAUGGCGAGGCAGGCACGGGCGUGUUGGUGAACGGAGUGGCAACGGCGGCGUCGCCGUCAACGGGCACUAACGGGAGAGGAACGGAAGUUGGUGCGGAUGUCGAGAUGGAGAUUGACGAGCCGCCGCAACAAGACGCGGGAAACCAGCAGCAGCAGCAGCGGGCAGUACUGAGUCACUGAAGAUAUCCCCUCGGAUAUCACCGCGUCUGUUUGGGGCUGUACAUUACGCGUUUCUCAGCUGGCCCUGUCCCGUCAGUGGCAUCGGGAGGAUACGGACGGGCGGAUGUGUGAAAUGGAUCGAUUGUCGCGGGAUAUAGCUGUGCAUAUGCAUUCAGG